GCUUCUUCGUCGUGGUGCCUUAACGAGUUGGUGGAGAUCAUGAAAUGUAGAGAUGAGUUGGGACAAACAGUGAUGACCAUAUUCUAUGACGUUGAUCCAACAGAUGUAAAGAAGCAAACCGGAGAUUUUGGGAAGGUUUUCAAAACAACUUGUGACGGUAAAUCAGAAGAAGAGAUUAACAGAUGGAGAGAAGUUUUGGAGGCUGUGGCAAAAAUCGCUGGAGAGCAUUCGCACAACUGGGAUAAUGAAGCGAUCAUGAUUGAAAAAAUCACCAUUGAUGUUCUAGACAUGCUUAAUCGUUCCUCACCGUCGAGAGACUUUGACGAUUUAAUUGGGAUGGAAGCUCAUAUAGAAAGAGUAAUAUCGUUGUUGGAACAAGACUCUGAUGAAGUGAGGAUGAUUGGGAUAUGCGGUCCGUCUGGGAUUGGAAAGACAACCAUUGCCAGAGUCUUACAUAGCAAGUUAUGUAACGAUUUUGAAUUGAGUGCCUUUAUGGAGAAUAUCAAAGAUUUGAUGCAAACAAGAUCUCUGUUUUCUGAUGUUUAUAGUGCAAAGUUGCACUUACAAAAACAGUUAAUGUACCAGAUACUCAACCAUAAGGAUAUGGAGCUUCCUCAUUUAGGAGUUGCACACGAUAGGUUGAACGACAAGAAAGUGCUUAUUGUUCUUGAUGGUAUUAAUCAAUCAAUGCAACUAGAUGCUGUCGCAAAAGAAUCUAAAUGGUUUGGUCGUGGGAGUCGAAUUAUCAUCACAACACAAGACCAAAAACUUUUGAAGAAACGUGACAUCAACCAUAUCUAUAAGGUUAAGUUUCCAUCAACAUAUGAAGCUUAUCAAAUGUUUUGUAUGUAUGCUUUUGGUAAAAAAAUUCCUAAAGAUGGUUUUGAGGAGCUUGCUUGGGAAGUUACACGACUUUUAGGUGAACUACCAUUGGGACUAAGAGUUAUGGGCUCCAACUUCCGAGGAAUGUCUAAGGAUGAAUGGGUAAAUGCACUACCAAGGUUAAAGACUUGCCUUGAUGCUAGUAUUCAAAGCAUUUUAAAGUUCAGUUUUGAUGCUUUAUGCAAUGAAGAUAGAGAUUUAUUCCUUCAUAUAGCAUGCCUUUUUAACAAUGAUGAAAUGGUGAAAGUUGAAGAUUAUCUUGCUAUAGAUUUCCUGGAUGUGAGGCAAGGCUUUCACCUCUUAGCUGAGAAAUCUCUCAUAGCUCUUGAUUUCAAAGGUAUUAACAAUGGAGUGAUAAAAAUGCAUAAUCUAUUAGUACAAUUGGGCAGAGAAAUUGUUCGUCAUCAACAUGGGCUCCAAUCCAUUCACGAGCCUUGGAAGCGUCGAUUUUUGGUUGAUGCUAAAGAUAUUUGUGAAGUACUUACUGAUGGCACGGGUAGUAGAAGUGUUAUAGGUAUAUGUUUCGGCUUAAAUAACCUAUCAGACAGAUUAAAUAUAAGUGAGGAAGCUUUUGAAGGAAUGUCUAACCUUAAAUUCUUAAGAUUUGUGGCCCCAUACGGCGAGGGAAGCGAUAAGUUGUACUUACCGCGAGGUUUGAAUUAUCUACCUCAUAAACUUAGAUUAAUAGAAUGGAUCUGUUUUCCGAUCAGAACCUUGCCUUCCAAUUUUUGUACAAAGUACCUAGUCAGCCUAAAUAUGCGGAAAAGCAAACUUGAGAAGUUGUGGGAAGGAAAUCAGCCACUUGGAAGCCUGAAGUGGAUGAAUUUAAGUUACUCGAGAAACCUAAGGGAGCUACCUGAUUUCUCAACUGCGACUAACCUUAAAGAUUUGAAUCUCACUAGAUGCUCAGGCUUGGAAGAGAUUCCCCUCUCUAUUGGAAACGCCACUAGUCUCCAAAAGUUAAAUCUUGAUAUGUGCACUAGCUUGGUGGAGUUGCCCUUUUCUAUAGGAAGCCUUCAUAAACUCCAAGAGUUGAGAUUGCGGGGAUGCUCAAAGCUAGAGGUGCUUCCUACCAACAUUAACUUGGAAUCUCUCCAUAGACUUGAUAUGACUGAUUGCUUAUUGGUGAAAACUUUUCCUGAUAUCUCUACAAACAUUGAGCAUCUCAGUCUCACAAGAACUGCAAUAAAAGAAGUGCCGUUGAGGAUCAAGUCAUGGUCUCGUCUUCGUUACUUGGUAAUGUCAUACCAUGAAAACCUCAAGGAAUUCCCACAUGCUCUUGACACCAUCACAAUGUUGUCUUCUGAUGAUACCGAAAUGCAAGAAAUUCCUUUAUGGGUCAAGAAAAUGUCUCGUCUCGAGACACUAUUACUAGAGGGAUGCAAGAAGCUUGUAACAAUCCCACAGCUUUCUGAUUCCUUUUCAAACAUAGGGGUAACAAAUUGUGACUCACUAGAGAGGCUUGAUUGCUCCUUUCACAAGAAACCGAUGUAUAUCGGGUUUGUCAACUGCUUGAAGCUGAAUAAGGAAGCAAUAGAACUCAUCCAGGCUAGUAGUAGUACAUUUUCAAUCUUACCCGGAAGACAAGUGCCUUCAAACUUCACUUACCGAUCUAAUACCGGAAGUUAUGUGAUGGUGACUUUGAAACAAAGGCCUCUUUCUACUACCUUGAGAUUCAAGGCAUGUGUCUUGUUGGUAAAUACAUCUGACAAUGGUAGAUCAAUUGUGGUAUGCUAUCGUAUUAAGGACAAACACAAAGUCGGUGUUGUUGUUCCAUGGCGACGUGCACAUGGCUUUGGAGUGCCUCCCAUUUUAGCCUCCCAUUUGCUCACAUUUGAAUUUGAAGCUGAUGUGACGACGUCCAACGAGAUUUUCGUUGAGUUUGAUGUUAAUAAUGUUAACCAAACUGUGAUAAAAGGAUGUGGAGUACUCCAACUCUAA